CGCCUGGGAGGAAGCGCUGCAGCAACGGCUCAAGAUGGAGAGGACCCUCAAUUUUUCUACGCUGGGUGCCGGAGGAGGUGACCCGGACGAAGAGCUGGGCUUCGGUCGCAAGAAGCCCGCCCGAGUGAGUGACGUUGUCGCGUACUGGACACCCUCGCUGUUGCAGAAGCCGUAACGCCUGCAGUCCAAGCUGCGCCUCCGCUUGGUCCGAGAGUGUUACCGCUUCUUCAAUGCGAGAUUCCCCACCAGGCAUGAUGCACCAUUGGCCAGCCUUAUGGGGGAUCCAAUGUCGCACCGCAUCAUCGAGAAGCGUCGCAGGGAUCGGAUGAACAACUGCCUGGCUGACCUCAAUCGCCUCCUGCCCACCGCCUAUCUCAAGAAGGGCCGGGGGCGCAUAGAGAAGACGGAGAUAAUCGAGAUGGCUAUCAAGCACCUCAAGCACCUGCAAGCGCAUGCCUGCAGGGAUCCCGGGACCUGCGAGGUAGCCCAGCGCAUCGAAACGGAUCACCAACUGCAGUUCCGGCUAGGCUUUCAGGAAUGCAUGUCCGAAGCGGCCAGGUUUCUUGUUGAGACAGAGGGCCUUUACAAUGGAAGGGAUGAUGUUUGUCUACGACUUGUGGCUCACCUACAGAAGCACUUUGACAAGUUGGCUGGAUCAGCAACGUGUUGUCCUUCGGAGGAACACUCGAUGGGGCCGCCGGAAGAGAUGACACCCACAAUUAAGGCGCCCAAACCAGAGCCCUGUGGUGGAGUCCCGGCACUUUUGGUACCCUCUCCUCCAAGUCCACUUGGAAGUCCCCCGAGCAGCCCCACCAUGAGCACGGAGGAGAGUUCUUACAAGUUCAAGAACACCAUCAAACAUCGGUUUCAGGCAGACCAGCGCCAGGGAGCCGAGGCAGAACGCAGGCGUUCUUAUUCUCAGGGCACAAUAAUGCGGGUUCCCAGUCCAACACGAGACACAGUCUCUGCACCGCCCCCAGAGAACGGCGCGGAAGCCUCGUGGGACACCGAAUGGAGUCGCUCGUCUCGCGACAGCAGCCCUUCUGCCUCCGAAGCGGACCACGUGGGGUUGGCGGGAGUGCCCGCGUUCGCCCUGCACCCACGUGGAGCCUACUACAUUCCCCUCGCCCUCGAACCCACCCUGGUUGCUCCCCUGUGGAACAGCUUGCCCGAGGGGCCCCCAGCCCUCCAUCCGGUGAGCAUAUCCGUCAACUUUGGAGUGUGCCGUCGAAGACUACCAUCCGCAGGGGGGGCCUCGUGGCCCCCAAUGCACCCGUGGCCUCCGGCGCCGCACCCUGUGGACCACAGAACGCACAACGGGAGGGCGUAGUGACGCCUCUGUGCAGCCCGGAAGAGCGAGUGACUGCAAACUUGUUUCUACGUUAAAAAUAUGUAAAUAGUAACGCGUUGUUGACAGUUUUGCCAAGUGGGCAUCUGGUUUGUUUUGAGAACGUAAGUUAUUCAGCCUCAGGAGAUGCCUUCUACGGUUACAGACUUGGAUGCAUACCGUUUGCUAGUCCCGCAGUACGUUGAAGAGAAUUAAAGCUAUAACUUGUUU